CUCCAGACUUCAUCUUAAGCAGAUGACUUUGACACAACUUGUCAAUGACGAGACAGAUUGUUCGCCUCAUUAUUGAGAUGAUACAAGACUAUAUUUCUUCGCUUGUCGUCGUUUCCAUUUUCAUAUCCCAUCAUCGUUCCUUAAGGACAUCACAAUGAUAGACUCUACCUCGCGCUCGACCACAACUUCUCCCCCUCUCAACAUAAUCCUCAUAGGCGCAGGCCUCAUCGGCCCCCGACACGCUGAAUCCAUCCUCAAAAACCCAUUCACCACCCUCCUCGCUUUAAUCGACCCUUCCCCUGCCACCAUCUCCCUCGCCGCCACCCUAACCACAACACACUACCCCUCCAUCCCCUCCUUCCUCUCCUCCUCCCCCCAGAAGGCCGACGCAGCCAUAAUCUGCACACCGAACUCAACCCACGUCUCCCUCGCCCUCGAACUAAUCUCUGCCUCCAUCCCCCUCCUCGUCGAGAAACCGAUCUCGACCACCAUCUCCGACGGCAAGAAAUUAAUCGACUCCGCCAAAGAAAAGGAUAUAAAAAUCCUAAUAAGCCAUCAUCGCCGCUUCAACCCUUAUUUAAUAGCAACAAAGAAAUGCUUAGACGACAAACAGCUAGGAACCAUAACCGCCAUCCAAGGAACGUGGUCCCUCCUCAAAACGCCCUCUUACUUCACCGGUCCCGGGUCCUGGCGGCAAUCCUCCGCAUCCGGGGGCGUCGUCCUAAUAAACUUAAUCCAUGAAAUCGACCUCCUGCAAUUCCUGCUCGGGCCCAUAACAUGGGUAACGGCUCUCCCAACCCCCAAGACGCGAGGCUUCGAAGCCGAGGAAGGUGCUGCUAUCUUGCUUAAGUUCGAGAGUGGAGUGGUAGGGACGUUUAUAUUGAGUGAUGCGACGCCUAGUCCGUGGAAUUUCGAGAUGGGGACUGGUGAGAAUCCUCUUAUUGGGCAGGUAGAGGGGAGCGAGGUAGGAGGAUUUUAUCGGAUUUUUGGCACGGGGGGAAGUUUGAGUGUGCCGGAUCUGAGGGUUUGGAGGGGUGAUUGGUGGGAGGGGAUGGAGAGGGAGGAGGUGCGGGUUGAGAGGGAGAAAGUCCCGUUUGAUGAGCAGUUGGGGCAUUUUGUGAAUGUGGUGAGGGGGGCGGAGGAGCCGGGGUGUAGUGGGGAGGAGGGGUUGAGGGCGCUGGUUGUUUGUGAGGCUGUGAAGAGGAGUAUGGGAGAGGGGAGGGCGGUGGAGAUCAAGGGGUUCGAGAUUAGGUGUGUGUGAAUAUUUGAUGGUACAUUAGGUAUAUAUACAUUGAGUUCUAAUUCGGAUGCUCGAAUACAGCUCGGGUUCUUGAGAUAAGGGUCUCUCUCCUGCUUCCACUCAUACUCCUGAUUGGACUUGGUAUCCCACUAGGUCUUAUCUCCCUGCUCUGUCUCUUCUCCCAACUCCCUGUCACUGAUCUAGUUGGAGCAGGUAUCGGCGCUUGGUAAUUAUAUGGAUCGAAUUCGGUUUGUGUUGGUAAUGGCGAAGCAGCUU